AUGGAGCGAGUGCGGUCUGCUCCGACGCUCACGACCAACUGCUUCGCCCUCUGUGAACUAGUAUCGCUGCAAUGGCACGUGUACGGCGUCGCACCAGUAGAAGAGACGAGCAAGAAGAAAACGAACUCCAAAAAGGCGGCCAAAUCCGGGUCCAAACAGGCCGAAGACGCGGCCCUGUCGAUCUUCCACCAACGUCUACGGCAACGCAACGCGGUGUGUGUCCUCACUGAGGACCAACGGACGGAGCAGGACGCUGCCUCCUCCUCCUCUGAGCUCUGGGUCUUCAUCGUCAACGGGAUGCCAAGUGCCGUCCCUGCUGAGCCGCCUACAGGCGUCUGUGAGACGUCCACAGGCUCCUGGACUGGCAAUGAGGAGUCUCUGGAUAGAAACAUUCAGCAGCAGGUUUUCGCUGCUUUAGACUCAAUUUUGAGCAAGAAACUGGUCGCCCAAGAGGAGUUUGUACUCACCGAGGGUGGGUUCUUCGAGCCCAAUGACGCCAAGUUCAUUUUCCGCUGUCCAUCGCUGACUCGACUGAACCACGUGGAAGUGUACCUUGAAGAGGAGCUCCCUGUACCAGCUUUUCAGCUGCAUUUCCAGUUGUUUGAGCCGAGCCAUUUACUGACUGUGACUGUGGAUGUGGUGAGACGAGAUGGCUCAUUGUCGUCGUUUGGUGACGAGUUGGGAGACACGAGAUGCUCUUGGGAACGACUUGUGGGUCUACCGUCACAAAAAGACCAUUCCGUGGUGGAUGUGUGGCAUCUGAAGGACGGUUUGGUGCCGCGUAUAGUAGCUGAAACCAAGUAUACAGACGUGUCUCCGUGGUUCCAUGCAGUCUCGAAGCGUAGGCAUAAGCGGAGAAAGGAUGACGGUGACGGCAGUGGACAUGAAGACGAGGUGAAAAAGGACGAGAACGAAGAAGACGCAGAGGAAGAGGAGGAGGACAACAACCAGGAGACGGAGGUGGAAUCAGACGAGUUGUUGCGACGACCUGUGGCUACGGGAGCCUCCAAAGCCAAACGAAAGCGCGACAGCUCCGACUCGAGUGAGAGCGACGAGUCUUUUGCGCCAGUGUCUCCAGACACGCACGUUAAUUCGCCCGACGCAACAGGUCCGAUCAUUUGCAUGACGCUUCCUCAUGACGACGAGCUGCAGUUGCAUGUGGACUCUGAAGUUCGACGCUUUAAACGGCGGCGAAGAGGCUACAAAGUGAAGGCUGGCAAGGAAGCGGCGUUUACCCUGACAUUUGGGCCUGUCACAUCCAAUGGAAGUGGUCCGAGCAUGAAGACAGAACCUUUGGCACUCAGUAGCAAUGGCGUGAAGGGAGCUGCGCUGAAUCCUGCCCAGCUAUUCUCCAUGGCCAAGGCCUCUCUGUCGAAAUUGGAGCCGACAGUCACCAGACCCAAGCAUGACACGAAGCCGCUGAGUGUGGCUGUAUCUCUGGUGGAGUCACUCUCUCAUGACGAACAACAAGAGGCGUUGGAUGGUCGACCGGUGAAGACGCAUCCUCUGUUGCAGGCUCUCCAAGACUACGUGGACGAUGAGGCCAAGGUGAUGGAGGAACGGUUGACAACUAGUGUGUCGGCCAAAGUCAAGCUCCUGCCGAACGCAGAGGCCUUUUUUCCGCCCCCACUUCGAGCCACUGUAGGUCGACUCUCAAUAAACCGUGCAACAGUUGAGCAGCUGCGUCUGCGUCUGUACUCGGACCGCUUCAAGUACUGGAGAUCUGAGUACUCAAAGCUGCAGUAUCCGAAGGAUCGGCAGCAGAAGAAAGAACACCAGCGUCGUCUGCUGCUCGACUUUGACGGAGCUGCAUUUGAGGAGCAAGCAUGCCAGGAAUCCUUGAGGUUAUGGAGCCAUUUGGACUGCUUCACGUUACGCGACGCCGAGAUUUCUAUGGGGAUUCAGAUGUCAGCCUCUGAUGCGAUGGUGACGUGGCGACAAGAGCCAAACGGGAUCAAAACGUGGUCUGCACACUCAAAUCUCCAGACCUCUGUAGCGAAUUCGGCAGAGAAGAACGAGGUGGCCGAUCGCGUGCAGCCAUAUUUACAGAGUCUAAUAUUGCUCCUUCGAAAGGGGGACAAGAACGAAAGUGACGUUAGAAAAACUGGGCGUGAUCGACGGUGGAUGAGCUUCGAGGACUACGCUCAAGCUCCGACCAAGGCAAGCGACGCCAGGAGAAUAGAGUGUGUCCAAGUGGAGGAACCGAAAGUGUGUGUGUCCACGCUGGAGUCAAGCUACCAUGUCGAACCCGCUAUCAUAUCGGAAUAUUUAUUGCGCGAUUUGCAUCCAGUAGCGGCGCCCAAACCAGUGGACUACGUGAUCGUGUGUCCGCAGUCUCCAUCGCAGUGGCUCGCGUCGCUUGCGCUCUCGUACUUCACGUGCUUUCGCAGCAUGUACGCGCAAUGUCGCAUGGGCGAUUUAGCUCCAGUCGAUUUGACGCAAGUGGAAGGAAACCAUUACGCCAAAGUGGACGCUCCCAACGGACUAGUACUUGUGGGUUGCGCGGAGAGUAUGAAGGAUCCGUUUGCGAAUUUCCGUGCCGCUGGGAAGGUGCUAAACCCUGUGCUAUCGUCUGGUGCGAUCAAAAAGACACAAGCCUUCUCCAGAUCAGCGGUGGGUAAUGUGGUGUACCUAGUGGCGCCGUUCCGUCGAAGCGAUGUGAAGCACAAAAUGUGGACGUUGGGAGCGUUUUCAAGCGGGUUAUUUGGCACAGAAGACAUCGCUGAAGUCAGUGGAUGGAAAGACAGCGUGACGAUAGAGAUGGUGUACUUGGACGACCUGUAUGAAGUGGAGGUGAACCCGAGUCCGUUCAUGUUGAUGCCAAAGUGCUUCGGUCUGUACGAUCGUGUGUGUGAGAACCUGAACCUCAAGCCAGUCGACGGAGGUUCCAGUAGUGCUGGACGAUCACGUUUCUUGUGCGAGAGGUUGUAUCACUUAGCAGACUGGAGAACAGACACGGCUAUUGUGAGUCAGGAGGGUGAGACGGAGCAGCCAUACGUGUACGGAGGGUACUUGCUCUCGGAAGAUCGAAAGUGGAUCGCGUGUAGCUGCACUGAUGCGGUUGGCUCAGUUCUCGAGACGUACAUGAUAGCAGUCGGGCAAGAAGAAAAGGGACUUGAGAAGGCAAUGCUGGAGAUGAUGCGGAAGAUGUUGCAGUUUCUUUCGCUUUUCGGUGACAAGAGUGUGUUUGUGAUCACAAGACUGGUCAUGAGUGGUGCAUCAUCCUCAUCAUCCUCAUCUCUGGACGACAUGGAGCAGUCAGUAUGGGAGUUUCUACGGUCCAAUCGGUUGGAGGAGUUGAUCCCCGUAGCUUAUAGACCGCUACUGUCGUACGUGUUGCUCGUCCAACUCACGGCUGCGUCGUACAACGAGGUGCAGCUGCGUGAAGAUCCGGCAUCGACGGCGCUGUACGUGUCCGACAAUCUCGGAUUCGCUGUCAUAUCUCCUCAAGAGAAUACGGCAGCACGUGAUAGCAGCCGGGCUCUGUAUUUCACAGGCAGCGACGCAUGGAAAACCACCACGUUACUACACGGCCAACACACAUUGACGCAGAAGCGGGAGACGAGGGUACUCAAGGUGGCACUUGUGCAUAUAUUAUUAGAGGAGGACACGGCAUCCAAGGACGGCGAAGUGACGGAAUCAGCGUCGCCCAGUAUGAUGACUGCCAUCUUGAGAGAUUUCCACGCUCAAUCGUACUUGACGAUGCACCCGAUCACGAUGGAGAGGCAGUCGCCACUCCCUCACCACCUCGCAGCGAUCUCGAAGAUGAACCGUGAGUUGCAGGUGCUGGAGACCCAACUGGCAACAGACCCCUUGCAGAUGCGAUAA